ACGAAAAUGUGACGAAAAUGUCGUGUUGUUGAGCUUUAGUCGUCGCAAUUAUACUUUUAAAACUUUUUUUUAGUUAAAUUUGUACUGCAAUUUCGUAAACUCAGUGUGAGGUAAAAAGACUGAGCAUAUUUUCAAUUUUGAUAAAAUGACUGUAAGAAUUAUCCCCGAAUAAAUGCCGAAAAUUGAAGCGAUCAGCUGACAAAUCUCGUUGGGCGGGUCAAAUGCUUUUCCAUUGGACGACUAUGCAACUUGCACGUGUAAUGUGUUGCACAAAAUUGACUCACUGCGGCAUUUACCAUCAACACGUAAUCAUUGAAUUUGUUUGAAGCAACUAAUCAUGGCUGAUGAAGAACCGAAGGCUGCUGGUCACAGCCCAGCUGUGAAAGUUGGAGGUGCCCGCGUGGUACAGAAGAAGCCUCACAGGGACAGUGAGGGUGAGAGCAAGGAGCCUGCUGCUGUGGACUCGACACAGGCAGUGGGGAUGUUUUCACAGAGCCCGCCGAAGCUGACGGUGACCUCCGGGCAGCCGGUGCCGGACGGCAACAGCCGGGAGUUCCCCACUGAAGCCGUCAAACACAUCCACGAGAAGCCCAAGCCGACGCACAUCCAGCCGCGGCCGUCACAGCAGGGCCACUUUAUCCACCAGCCCACCAAGCAGUGAGCGGCCGAUCUUGCCCUUUGAGCUCCGGCCGGCCGGUCACCGGCCGCCGGGCGCGACACGACCCUUCGCCGAAACGCGGCCCGAAGCAUGGCUUUGCUCUCUUGGUUUCAGAGGUGUUCUCAACGUGUGGGCUGCCUGUGAGCUUUAUUCUCCGAAUGUGAGGACCGGUGAAUAUGGAAUGGUAUAAUAAGUAGUGGUUAGUGGGUAUAAAGAGUGCGGCGAUUAUUCUUUGGAUAUUUUUUUAUUGUGGUGUUGGCUCUACUUCCAACUUGUGUCUUUGGGUAUUGUCUUUUGUGUUUGGGAUUGCAGAACUGCUAAACUUUGAAGCUCACAAGGGCAGACUCGGAUUUCACUUGAAAGCUCCUGAACACCAUUUCGAAGUUGUUCAUCUAUCGCUUUACCCACAGGGUUUGUCAUUGGAUAUCCACUGCCUCUCAUAAUAGUUUAUAAAAUAGCAAUAGUUGAGUUGGACGGUUCAUGAUAUGUUGCGGUGUAUUCAUUCCGGAGAACUAAGAUCUGUCCAUGUCUACACGGGUCAGAGUCUGAGAACAGCCAUACGGCGCUCCGAGCGUCCCCCAUCUCCUGGUGCCGCCCUCUCCCCGCUGCCGGCCACGUUGACUGUUUGUCUCCGGCCGAAGGGAGCGCCAUGGGCGGGGGCCCAAUUCUUCGGGUCGUCAGACGGCCUUUGGGAACCAAUUGUCUCUGCGCAUGGCGAGGGGUCGCGGGCCCGCGGGGCGGGGCCUGGUCCCGCCCCUGCGAGGCGGUUUGUGUCAAUAAAGACGGUAAAAUUCC